GCCCCGAGGGAUCGGUCCUCAGCUCCUGCAGCGCAACGUCUCUAGCAGCAACAGCCUAGAUAGUGUGCAGUCUGUGCAUCUGGCUGCCCACUGGUGCAGAAACUGAGUUGCACCUUGUCUCCCGCCUGCCCACCAUCACCAUGACACCCACCUGCACCAACAGCACUGGAGAGGACAACAGCAGCCAAGCGUGCAUGCCCCUCUCCAAGAUGCCUAUUAGUCUAGCUCACGGCAUCAUCCGAGCCACAGUGCUCUUUGCCUUCCUCGCUGUAUCCUUUGUGGGCAAUGUAGUGCUUGGGUAUGUACUAAACCAUAAGCCACAGUUAAUGCAGGUGAGCAACCGGUUCGUCUUCAACCUCCUGAUCACUGACCUGCUGCAGAUUACCAUCGUGGCUCCCUGGGUGAUAGCCACCUCCAUUCCUGCCUUCUGGCCUCUCAACAGCCAGUUCUGCACAGCCCUGGUUAGCCUCACUCACUUAUUUGCCUUCGCUACUGUCAAUACCAUUAUGGUGGUGUCAGUAGAUCGCUACCUGUGCAUCAUCCACCCUCUUUCCUACCCAUCAAUGAUGACCACCCGACGUGCUCAUAAGCUCCUCCAAGGCACCUGGUUUCUGGCUAUACUGCAAAGCACACCUCCUCUCUACAACUGGGGCCAGGCUACUUUUGAUGAGCGUAAUGCUCUCUGUUCCAUGAUCUGGGGAGGCAGCCCCGUCUAUACCAUGAUCAGUGUGGCGUCCUUCAUUGUUGUUCCAUUGGCUGUUAUGAUUGGCUGCUACUCUGCAGUGUUUGGUGUAGCCCGUCGGCAGCAUGCUCUCCUGUACAACAACGCCAAGAGCCGCAGCUUGGGGGUAAGAGCCAAGGACUCUGUGAAGACUGAGAAUAGACGGGGAAUAAAGAAGAGGGAUGAGUUCCAGGAUGAGAAUGAGUUCCAGAGCAAAGAUGGAGGUCGUCGAAACAGCAACUGCAACCCACCUUUGCCCCCGUGCUAUCAGUGCAAAGCUGCCAGAGUGAUCUUCCUCAUCAUUUUCUCCUAUAUGAUAUCGCUGGGGCCCUAUUGCUUCAUAGCUGUGCUGGCUGUGUGGGUGGAUGUCCAAACCAAGGUACCCCAGUGGGCGAUCACCAUAAUCAUCUGGCUUUUUUUCCUGCAGUGUUGCAUCCACCCUUAUGUCUAUGGCUACAUGAACCAGAGCAUCAAGAAGGAAAUCAACGAGGUACUGAGGAAGCUACUCCGUAAGAAUAGGCCUUUUACAGAAGUCAGCCACCGUGACCUGCAUGAAACCGAAGCUGGCAUAGAGGGAGGGAUUGAAGACAAGAUUGUCCCCUCCUAUGAGUCUGCUUAAAG